AUGAAGAGGAAGAUGAUGCUAAAAGGAUUUUGCACCUCCUUCUGUGGCUGGCACUCAUACAUCAACAUGAUGGGCAAGAGGAUCAAGACCAGCCUCGUCGGCAACCCAGCUGGCAGGUGCCUGCCCAACUGUGCGGCCUGGGAACUGGCAAGCAGCCUAGCGGCCCCCAACAGGGACAAGGGCAUGGACGCCCUCGUCUCCACCUUCGCCCACGAGCUCGCAGAGGCCACCAGCGACCCCUACCUGUCAACGUGGAUGGACGAGAAGGGCAAGGAAAACGCGGAUAUGUGCUCUUAUAGCUAUGGUGAUAUUGGCUGGACGUCUAGUGGAGCCCCGUACAACAUGGAUGGCGCGGAGGGAUCCAAGUUUCUCGUCCAGCAGAACUACCAUCUUAUUGAGCGUACAUGCUCCACAUUUGCUUGA